AUGCGCCACCUCAAAAGCUCCGACGGCGAUGCCGCCAGCACCAAAGACCCCGCUCAGAUUGAAUACGGAACCAUCUCAGAUGUCGCGCCUGUUUUGCCUCGAAUUGACGCUGCAGCCGAGCGUAAGCUGGUGCAAAAGCUCGACCUCCUGGUCAUGGUCAUCAUCUUCUUCAUGUACUUCUUCAACAGCAUCGACCGCAGCAACCUCGGCAACGCGAAGACCGACGGCAUGGACGUGGAUCUCGGCUUCGUGAACAACCAAUACUCCAUCCUGGUCAUGGUAUUCUACGUUCCCUUCUGCGGCCUCUGUCUUCCCGCCAAUCUGGUCACCAGGAAGUUUGAGCCUAAGUUCUUUUUGGUCGGCUUUAUGUUGUGUUGGGGCAUCAUGGCUAUGAUUUGUGCCGCGUGCAAGAACUUUGCCCAGAUCUUGGCUGUGAGGAUUCUGUUAGGAAUUGCAGAAGCAGGAUUUGCCCCAUGCUCAAUGUUCUACAUGAGCACCUUUUACACCCGCGGAGAACUUGCCACCCGCUUUGCCAUAUGGUAUUCCUCGACAGUCCUCUCCUCUGCCGUGUCAGGUCUCAUCUCCUACGGAGUAUUUCAGAUUAGAGGAGCGCUGCACGGCUGGCAGUACCUUUUCCUGAUCGAAGGAGGCCUAACCGUUGUGAUCGCUCUACUCGCCAGCGUCAUCCUCCCAAAAAACCCUUGGACCUGCCGCUGGCUCACCCAAGCCGAAAAAGAACUUUGCGUCCUGCGCGGUGAAAGAGACUCGACCUCCGACGUCGGCUCCGCGUGGGACUUCCGCGAAGGCAUGCAGCCCUUCAAGUCCUGGCAAGUGUACGUCUCGAUCCAUCCAGCCCACCACUUUCCUCCCCUCCCCCCUCCCCCUCCCCAACCCUCUCCCAACAUCCUCAACUCACCCCUCCUCCCUCUCCUCCACAGCUACGCCUGGGCCCUCAUCGGCCUCUGCUACGGCACGUCCGGCAGCGCCGUCGGCUCCUUCCUGCCGCAAAUCGUGCAGCUGAUGGGCUUCUCCACGCUCAAAACGAACCUCUACACCGUGGCGCCCAACGUCGUCGGCGCGCUCGUGCUGCUCUGCACCGCGCGCUCGUCGGACGUGCUCCGCGAGCGCAGCGCGCACCUCGUCUUCGCGCUGCUCGUCACCUUCGCCGGCUGGGUCAUCCUGCUGGCGCUCGACGAGCCGGCCGCGCACGUGCCCGUAGCCUACUUUGCGUGUUUUUUGCUGUGCGCCGGCGCCAUGACGCCGACGGUGCUGUUCCAUUCGUGGCACGCGUCGAAUAUGUGCACGGAGAAUGGGAGGAUCUAUGUCAUGAGUUUUUUGACUGGCGCUGCGAAUAGCGGGGGGAUUGUGGCGAGCAUGACGUUUAGGGCGGAGGAUGCGCCGAGGUAUUUGCCGUUUUUGGGGACGGCGGCGGGGUUUGAGGGCGUGGGGAUGGUGUUGAUUUUGGCGUUGCGCUGGUGGAUGGUGUGGGAUAAUGCGAGGAGGGAUCGGGUGGUUGGGAGGAAGUUGGUUAGUAAGGAUGUCAGGUUGAGCGAGUUGGUAGGUGGGACAAAGGACGUGAGGUGGAGGUGGUUUGUGUGA